UGUUGGAAUAGGCGUACCAGAGCCGCCAGAAUAAACGGCCACAUCAAUGACGGCACGCAUAGUGUUGUAGGCUGAGGAACGCCUGCUGCUGAAACGUCUCAAAAGCAAGAUUUGCGAUACAUAUCAUUGUGGCUCCUGCUCGAUCGUCAGAUCUGCUUCGCUCGUGGCCUCUCAACGUUCUGUGACCUAGGCCCUAGACACCAUGAUCUCUCCUCCGACCGAAGUGCCUGCACCGGCCAGAGUGGUCACGAUGAUCCUCACUAUGUUCACUAUUGCCAUUCUAGCUGUGUUCUUCACACGACGUCUUCACCAGGUCAAAAGUUGGACAACAUUACCUGUUCUCAACUGGCUGGUCCUCGCCAUCUACGUUGAUUCAUUCUUCUUCGUGUUUUUCACUGGCAUCCUCUCCAAAGCGUUCAGCGUGAAUGCUUCGGCCGGCUUUUGCGAUGCCGCCAUCCUUUUGUGCCUCAUAUCCUAUAUGUCCACUAAGAUUUUGUUGUACUACUUUCUGGUCGAGAAGUGUUAUCUUAUUCGCAGCGCCGGUGAACCUCGGAGGCAGAGUAAACUAUGGUUGUUCAACUUCUUUGGAGUCAUAUGCCCCUACAUUGUGUUAGUCGUCUUGAUGAUCGUCUAUCGUAUUUCCUAUAUGAAUAAGGAAGGAGUUUGUAUAAUAGGCAUGCAACGAAACGCGUUGGUUCCGACCAUCGUUUUUGACGUCUUUCUGAACGUCUGGCUUACCACCCUCUUCCUUCAGCCUCUACGUGAUUGCUAUUCGUACAAGCAGCAGUCGAGCAGUAGGCUACGUAACGUGGUCGUGCGCACCUUUGUAGGCAGUUGUGCCACGCUCGCGCUCAGCAUUACAAACCUCACCGUGAUCGCAAUCCUGGACGGAGAGCCCGGAUACAUUUGUCUCUGCUUAUGCAAUCUUGACAUCUUGUGCACAACUCUCAUACUACACUGGGUGUCCUCCGUCGAUGCGCCAGAGGACAAUGACGUUUCCUCCAACGCGAGAAGAAUUCAGAACAUCGUGACGAUAAGAGCCGCAUCCAAUAGUAGCACCAAGCCGGACCUCUUAGAAGGAGCCGAAAAAGGAGUGACCCUUCAAGUCGACAUUGAGUUCCAAAGCGGAAGUGAUGAUGCUUCAGCAAACGCCCUCAGCACGAAUAGCAUGCAAGAUACGGAAGUUUUGAAUUACAACCCAAGCGCCAAGAGUGCCAGAGAGAGCCGGGAGUUUGAUCAAACCUGGCGUUUGAUAAACUCCGUAGUCAUCAAACACAUCUACGAGUAUCUUCUGAUCAAUUUUGGUGCUACAACCCUGAUGACACGUUCUUUGUGUACCUUAAGAUUUGGGAAACAAGCACGUACGGCCACAGUCAGCUGAAAACUGGGCAUCCCGUCCGCUCUGCCAUACAUAAGCAGUUGAACGGCAGAUUAGUACUACGGUGGGUGACCACGUGGGAAUCCCUGCUGCUGUACGUUUUGUCUUGUAGCUUUUCUUUUUGCACAUGUUUCUCGCUUUUUC